AUGUACAAUCACUAUGAAAAUAUUUCUGUUCUCUCUACAAAGGCUGGACUGCUUAAGACAUUAAGAGACUACUAUUCGUUGAAUAAGCAAGCUGUAGACUGUAAUUACAGAGUCCAUGAUACUUUGCCUCAGGCAUACAUAAUUACCUCCAAUCCUAAUGAUUACGAGUUCUUUGAGUUUAAGAAAAAAUUUGCUAAUAUUGAAAAAGGAUAUGUAUAUAAUGAGAAGCUAACUCCCAAGUAAUAUGAUCAGAAUUUCUGGCUUCUAAAACCAACUAAUAUGAACUAAGGAAAAGGUAUCGAAAUCUUUAAUUCAAUGAAGCAAGUUUACUCAUUCCUUCUUAACAAGCCAUAAGAGCAGUUAUGGAUUGUAUAGAAAUAUAUAGAAAGACCGCUACUCUAUCACCAAAGAAAAUUUGACAUAAGAGUAUUAGCCUUAGGCACAAAUGAGUUUGAUCUUCACUUUUAUAACAUAGGAUAUAUGAGAACAAGCUCUGAUGCAUACACCUUAGAUAACAAGAAUAAGUUUAUUCAUUUAACCAAUAACUGCUAUUAAAAGAACUCUAAUAACUAUUAAAAAUUUGAGCAAGGUAAUCAGCUAACAUUCUCAUAAUUUUAAGAUUAUCUUGACUAAACCUUCCCUGAAUUAGAAGUAAAAUUUGAGGAUUUGAUGCUUAGAAUUAAGGAUCUAGUUAUCGAUUGCUUUGUUGCUGGUUUGAAUCAUUACAAUCCAAAGAAUAGAGAAAAUAUAUUUGAAGUUAUGGGUUAUGAUUUUAUGAUUGAUGAAGACUUUAGGGUUUGGCUCAUAGAGGUAAAUACCAACCCAUAUUUUGGAGUACUCAAUGAUAAUCUGCCUAAAUUUAUAGACAACCUUGUUGAUGAUACUUUUAAGCUUACUGUCGACAAAAUAUUUCCGAGAGAAUUGGAUGACUCAGAUAGAAAAUCAGAAUAUGAAUUACUCUAUAGUUAGAAAUAAAUAGUCAACAAAAGAAGGCCAUUUAAUGAAGGCAUAUAUCCUGUCUAAAAAAUAAAAGAUAAGCUAGACUUGGAAAGAGAAUAGUAUAUGUAAAAGAUGAAGGCUAAUAAGGAAGAUGUCAAUUAAUCUACAAAUUAAACUCUAUUAGUCCAAAAUGGAACCUAAAUCAAGAAUAAGCUUAAAAUUAAUAAAAAUUUCUAUAUGACUAUAGAGGGUUCAACCAGAUCAAAAUCAGCAUUAUCAUUCGGGAUAAAAGAAGGGUAAGAAGGGAAAAAGUAACGAAAGAAGCAAUCUAAAAAAUUUAAGCAAAAUAUAAAUUUUAACAAUAGUUCUGCUAUACAAUCUAACGAUGACAUAAUAGCAUUGUCUAACUAAAAUUCUAAGGUUGCAAUGUUAGCUAAAAACAUAUCUCCAAUCAGUGAAAAUAAACAUGAAAACAGAGAUAAAGACUAUGCUGAUGGAGGGGGAACAACAAAAAAUACUAUGGCGUCAACUUAAUUAACCAGACCACACUAGCAACCACUAGGUACCACAAGUUUGAGUAUCUUGCUUCGCAAAAAAGCAGAGGAGAAUUAGAAAAACUCUUUCAAUCAGAAUGAAUAUCUAAACAAGAUUCAAAGAAUGCUUAAAGUGAAAAAUCUUGUUGAUCAAAUCAAGGAGUCAAUCUCUAAUGUUGGGGAAAACUUUGAAUAAAAGAGAAAAGAAUUCAAUAAGCUAUUUACUUAGAUAUUUCAGAUACUCUCGAAUCCAGCCACAUCAAGCAAAAAAGACGUUAAUACAGCAAUUCAGGGUCUUAGGCAUCUUAUUUUUUCUCAAUUCAUAAUCCACUUUAAUGACAAAGCAGUCAUCUUGAAAUUAUUUGAUAUAAUGCGGAAUCAGAAUAAUCAACAUCCAGAGAUAAAGGAGAAUAUAGCUAAGUAUCUGCAUGAGUUAUCUAAGCAUAUUAGUAUUAGAGAACUCUUCUUGAAUAGAAAAGUACUUUCUCGGUUCACCAAAAUACUAAUAGACACUAUGAUAAGUGUAGAGGAUGGUCAAAUCAAUAAAGAAUACUCAAAACUCUUAUUAUAGCAGCUUUUAAUAGUUUCUUCUAUUUCUAAUAGCAAGUAUUACAUACCAGGCGAGACUAAGGAAAUUGAGCAACUUCGGAAAAAAUCAAUUAUGAAUGGAGUGAUGAUAAUAUCAGAUAUGAUAAUCAAUUUAUGCAAAGACACUGAAGUAACUUAGAAAUUGAAAAGUGAGUUGUUUGAGAACUUAGAAAUUGGUGACUUCAGACUGAAUAUAUUCACAAUUUACUAUCACUUCAAGAACUACUUAGAUUCAAAUAUAACUUAAGAGAAUAAUCAGAAUUUCAAUGGAUAGACUAGUCCAAGAACUUCAAGAGAAACUAAAGUUCAAUAUGAUGUAGAGGAGCUGAAAGAAAAAUUAAAAAUUAUAGAGCAAGAUCUAGUCUUUAUGGGAGUAAUCAGUUAUAUUGAUUCUAAUUUCAAAUAAUUCAAAUCAAGACUACCAAGUAUUUUGGAACAGCAAAUAGGUUUCUUCAAUAUAGAUUACUUGAUCACUCAAUUUGAAAGGUACAAGUUGCAUUAUACGAAUUUAUCAAAGGAUGCUACUUUGGCGCUCUAAGUAUACUCCUCAAAUACUGGUUCGAUUAAAACACCAAAUAAAAAUAUCAAGACGCUGGCAAGAAAUGAUUCUAGCAAAAGAAUUGUAUUCAAGUCUAAUUAAGAUUACUUUCCUGUCUAAACUUCAACUGAGAAUACAGAGACAUAUUUCCCAGAUACCUCAAAGCCAAAGAAUCAGAACAAAACACAGACCAAGAAGAAAUCAGAUAGACUAUUCAGCAACGUAGAUACAAAUUAAAAUACCAUAACAAAAAAUUAAAAAUCAGAGCUUAUCUAAGCAAGCAAUACAUUCUAUGCUUAAGCUAAAGCUCACUCAAUUAAAAAGCAUGAGGCAAACAGGAAUUCUCAGCCGAAUAACAAAUCUUUUGAAAAGAUUAAAGAUACAUUAAGAGAUGGCGAUAUGCUGCAAAGACCUGCCGCAUAAGAGAACAAAUCGACAAAGAUAAAAUCAUUAAGAACUAACCUGGUAAGUAAUACACUUCUCCCUAUUCUAUCCUAGGAGAACUAUGAGUAAAGCAGAGAGGUUGUAAAUGCAUUAGCUUUGAAUUACAACACCUCUAAAGAUUAAUCUUUAGUAUUACCGACUCUUGGUGGUCCAACAGAAUAAAAUAGCACUAAAAAAUAAACUGCCUAAUUUGGAGUUAAUGGUAAUUUUUACAACCCAGGUAUCCAAAAUAAGGUCAUCUAAGACGCAUAGUUAUACUUAAAGUUGUAGCCAUAUCUUUAAAACAACUCAGUAACUUCUAAGAGUUCAGGUAAAAAGAACAGUGCAAAAGGAUAUCCUAAAAAUGAAUAUCAAAAUCAUCCUUCAAACUAAUCCUCCCUUAUCUUAGGAAUAUAGAUCAAGAAGGAUGAGUCAAUUAACAUCCUUCCUCUUACCUCCAACAUAAUGAAGAAUAAUUACUACAAAAGUGGCUUUAUGAGCAAAGUCAAAAAGAAUACUAGCAUCCACUAAAGUGAGGCUGGAACUUUCUACAAUAACAUGUCUAACUUUCAGAAUUCUGUUAUCAGCUUCCCCUUGAAAAAAGCAUCUCAAAUCAUUGGAGAAACCUUACCAUCAGAGUUAAGAAGCGAAAGAACAUUAAUUACUGACAGAUAUGAGCCUAUAAAGCAACUAGAUACUGAGUGA